GUUAAUUUUAAAGUGAAAUAACAUCGACAUACAUAAUGAAAUCAUUUAUUUUACUUGUGAUUCUGAGCUGCCUUUUGGCCACUGCAUUUGGUGCCAACGAAGGGCAUUGUUAUUCGGAGGCUACAGGAAGACUUGAAUACAACCAGGUUCAAAAUUUGAAAAACUGCCAACAAGCUUUGUGCAAUGAGGAUGGUACUAUAGAUACAAAAGGAUGUCCUGAAUUGGAAGCAGGUGAUCGUGAACUUGUGCAAGAUGAUACUAAAGACUUUCCAGAAUGUUGCCCAACCGUUUAAUUUUAUAAAGAUAUUUGAUGAUAUUAGAUGUAGAUAAUCAUUUAAAAACAAAUAAAAAAUAUAAAAUAAAAUAAAAUAUGUUUCUAAAAUCUUGAAUUGUGCAUUAAACUGUCUAAAAUUAAAUUAAAAUGUUAAACUUGACUAAAAAUGUUCAAAACUUAAAAAUAAAACCCUA